UUCCUGUCAUAUUUUCCAGGUUCGCUGCUGCUCAGCGCUGCAAAUUUAAGCUCCGGGUCUGUAAUUAGGGGCUCGGCUGAUCAAUUUGAUGGAGCCUCCUCUGGUGCUCAGGGCGAUGUGGAUUCCCCGGUAGGAGCGAAGGGCAGAAAUCCCGACUGACCCGAAGGAAACGCACCUGGCACAAGGAAAACUGCGGACAAAAUGGUUAGUGGAGCAGAGCAGAUCAUCAUGGAGCACCCUGAGACCCCACAAUCCUGAAACACCCAUCACCGCAGGGAGGACCCUCCGGAAACCACACAGGAAAAAAAAAAAAAUGAGGCUUUUCCGGAGACGCUACAGCCCCUUGAAGGUGGCUUUGGCAGGCACCGUUUUUGUCAUCUUCCUCUUCAUCCUGCAGAAGGACGUGGGGAACAAGGACCGGAGUGAGGAGCCCUGGUUGAAGAACAUCGUUCAGGGGAAGGACCAAGUCCUUGACCUGAUGCUGGGGGCGGUCAACAACAUCCGAGACUCGAUGCCGAAGCUGCAGAUCAGGGCUCCGGUCCGGCAGGAGGAACCACCCCCCGGUGCUCGCUCCUGCCUGCCCGGCGUCUACACAGCAGCCGAGCUCCGGCCCCUGAUGGAGAGACCCCCCCAAGACCCCGCCAGCCCCGGAGCCGACGGCAAAGCCUUCAAGAAGGAUCGAUGGACACCGGAGGAGACGAAGGAGAAGGAGCGAGGUUAUGAGAAGCAUUGCUUCAACGCCUUCGCCAGCGACCGCAUCUCCCUGCAGCGCGCGCUGGGGCCCGACAGCCGCCCACCCGAGUGCAUCGACCAGAAAUUCAAGCGGUGCCCCCCCCUGCCCACCACCAGCGUCGUCAUCGUCUUCCAUAACGAAGCGUGGUCGACGCUGCUGCGGACGGUGUACAGCGUCCUGCACGCCUCGCCCGCCCUCCUGCUCAAGGAGAUCAUCCUGGUGGACGACGCCAGCACGGACGACUACCUGAAGGACAAGCUGGAUCGCUACGUGGAGCAGCUCCAGAUCGUGCGAGUCGUGCGGCAGGAGGAGCGCAAAGGGCUGAUCACGGCGCGGCUGCUGGGGGCCAGCGUGGCCAGUGGGGAGGUCCUGACCUUCCUGGACGCUCACUGCGAGUGUUUCCACGGCUGGCUGGAGCCCCUCUUAUCCCGCAUCGCCGAAGAGCCCACGGCCGUGGUCAGCCCCGACAUCGCCACCAUCGAUCUCAACACCUUUGAGUUCUCCAAGCCCGUCCAGAAUGGCAAACAGCACAGCCGGGGCAACUUCGACUGGAGCCUGACAUUCGGCUGGGAGGUUGUUCCGCCCCGGGAGAGGCAGCGAAGGAAGGAUGAGACCUUCCCCAUCAAGUCCCCAACCUUUGCCGGUGGCCUCUUCGCCAUCUCCCGGUCCUACUUUGAGCACAUUGGCUCCUAUGAUGAUCAGAUGGAGAUCUGGGGGGGCGAGAACGUGGAGAUGUCCUUCAGGGUCUGGCAAUGUGGGGGUCAAGUCGAGAUCAUCCCUUGCUCUGUCGUGGGUCACGUCUUCCGCUCCAAGAGCCCCCACACCUUCCCCAAGGGCACCCAGGUCAUCUCCAGGAACCUGGUUCGCCUGGCCGAGGUCUGGAUGGACGACUACAAGGAGAUCUUCUACAGGAGGAACCAGCAAGCAGCACAGAUGGCCAGAGAGAAGACGUAUGGUGACAUUACAGACCGGCACAAGCUGAGGGAGCAGCUCCACUGCAAGAACUUCACCUGGUACCUCCAGACCGUCUACCCGGAGAUGUUUGUCCCUGACCUGACUCCAACUUUUUAUGGAGCAAUAAAAAACGAGGGCACCAAGAGCUGCUUGGACGUCGGUGAGAACAACCAUGGUGGGAAACCUCUCAUCAUGUACCCCUGCCAUGGGAUGGGGGGCAACCAGUAUUUUGAGUACACGAGCCAGCGGGAGCUGCGGCACAACAUCGGGAAGGAGCUCUGCCUGCGGGCGGGCUCGGGCUCGGCCGAGCUGGGUGACUGCCAGUACCGAGGGAAGCCCGGCCGGGUGCCAGCCAGCGAGGAGUGGGACCUGGUGCAGGACCGGCUGAUUAAAAACCCGGCGUCCGGUACGUGCCUGACAGCCCGAGGGAAGCACCCGGCGAUGGUUCCCUGCGACCCGGCGGACCCCCACCAGCUCUGGUCCUUCACCUAGGCCAGCAGCAGAGCGGCCUGAGCCCCCGGCCGUCCCUAACCAUGCUCAGGAAACCAGAAUCCAAAAAAACUUCCUGUUUUUUCCUUUAAUUUAAGAAGCAAAAGCCUUAAAUAUGCUGCAUUUCACAGUUGCCUUGAACUCAGUCCUGUGCCUUUGGAGUGGGGAAGCCCAGGGAGCCGAGCUCAGCCGGCGAUGCCCCACGGAGCCCGAGACGUGGCAGUCGUGGAGAUGCCCAAGGUUGUGGAGAUGCCCGAGGACGCUCCUCGGUCCCUGGCUGCUGCUCGUCCUCCUCCCUCACAGCUCCAGCCACAGACUCUAAAAUCCAUGUCAGGCAUUUGGAAACGCAGCCGUGCCAGUGAGGAGGAGGAGGAGGAUGGUGACUGGCCGUGCGGUUCAUCCCGUGGGGGGGCAGAUCGUGGUUUGUCGUGGCCCGUGUGGGUGAGGGAACCCCCCCAGUACUGCCAGCGGGGUGCCAGGAUUCGUCCCUCACCUGCCGCGGCACUGCAGACAUCGUGCGUCGCUGCUGCCAGGCUGGGAGAAGUCGGACUGUCUGCCUUAGAUGCCAGGCUUCAUUUGGGAAGGGGAAGUUAGAUUUUUUUUUUUUUUUAUCAUUAUUAUAUGAUGAUGAUUCCUGGGUGUGAUUCUGCUCAUCCUCGUUCUGAUCUGGAGGAGGGAUUUUCCGUGCAUGGCCCAGCUCGAACACACCACAGCAUCCUCCCAGAGAGGCUCUUGCCAGCGCCCGGGCACGAGAUCUCCUCCCUCCCCUGGUUUUCUUCAAGCCCAACUACUGUAGCUGCUGCUUCCAUUGCCAUUUCAUUUACGGGGGGGGCAGAACCCUCCUGGAAGUGGCGUGGGAGUGGGAGAACCUGUCUUUGGAUACACAACCUCAAAUAAAGAGAUGAUUUAUU